CGUUUCUUUUUCUGUAAUGACUGUCAAAUUUUAGUUUGCUGUUUCAUCUUCGUUUACGUGAAUAUUUGCCGAUUUGUAUUUUAAAAGUAGGUACUCAUUCGUACUGAAUAAUCGGUGAAACUUAAUUUUUAUUGUUUUAAAUUCAAUAAGCAUAACAAUGCCUAGUCAAGAAGUUGUAACCACUAAAGUUGUGGUCCAUCCACUCGUAUUACUUAGUGUUGUUGACCAUUUCAAUCGUAUGGGCAAAAUUGGAAACCAAAAGCGGGUUGUAGGGGUACUUCUUGGCUGUUGGAGAGCAAAAGGAGUACUGGAUGUGUCCAACAGUUUUGCAGUUCCAUUUGAUGAAGAUGACAAAGAUAAAUCUGUCUGGUUCUUGGAUCAUGAUUAUUUAGAAAACAUGUAUGGCAUGUUUAAAAAGGUAAAUGCAAGAGAAAAAGUAGUUGGGUGGUAUCACACAGGACCUAAACUUCAUCAAAAUGAUGUUGCUAUAAAUGAAUUGAUCAGACGGUACUGUCCAAAUUCAGUCCUUGUCAUCAUUGAUGCCAAACCAAAAGACUUAGGUUUGCCAACUGAGGCUUACCAAGCAGUGGAGGAAGUUCAUGAUGACGGCAGUCCUACUACGCGCACAUUUGAGCAUGUGCCCAGUGAGAUUGGUGCUGAAGAGGCUGAAGAAGUAGGUGUUGAGCACCUAUUAAGAGAUAUUAAGGAUACAACUGUUGGUAGUCUGUCUCAGAGAAUAACUAACCAGUUACUGGGGCUCAGAGGUCUCCAUUCACAGUUGAGCGAAAUUAGAGAUUACCUAGUACAAGUUGGCCAAGGCUCUCUCCCAAUGAACCAUCAAAUUAUCUACCAAUUGCAAGAUAUUUUCAAUCUUUUACCUGAUAUAGCCAGUGAUAACUUCGCUGACAAUCUUUACAUUAAAACAAAUGACCAAUCCCUUGUUGUAUAUCUUGCUGCCCUUGUGAGAUCCAUCAUUGCCCUACACAACCUUAUAAACAACAAAAUCACUAAUAGAGAUGCUGAAGAAGGAAAGAAAGAAGAUGCCAAGGAUAAGAAAGAGAAGAAAGAUGAUAAGGACGAAAAAAAGUCAGAAGACAAAGCAAAAGGAGACAAGAAAGAGAAAGAAGAGAAAAAGAAGUAAACUAAAUUAACUAAU